AUGACCCUAAUUCAACCGGUUUUGUGUCACAGAGAACAUCAUCAUAACCUUAAGUUACGUAAACUCCACAAAAAUGUUCAUCGUAACGAUUCCGAUUUAGAUUCAAUAGAAUCCACGACAAUUUGUGGAAAAUUAUGUAUUACAAGCUUCACGUUAAUGAUGCUAUUUUAUUUAUGUAUGGCUGCUUAUAUUUUAAAAUAUUAUUGGAAAAGAAGAAAUUCUACAAGAAAAAGCAGAGAAAUACGAUAUGGCUUUGGCAAAGAACUAAGAAAGAAUAACAGCAAUAAUAAUGGUGGUGGUGGUUGGAAAGGAAGAAAAGACGAAACAGUUGUGGUGUUGGUAUAUGAAGGAAAUCAUUCAAUAGUUUAA